AUGCAGGUGGGCUCUGUGGCAUGUGGAAGAGUAAGUCAUAACUCUGUAGAAGAUGAAGGCUGGAAACUGGUCCCUUCUCCUACGAGGAGAAAGGCUCUUGCUCCUUCUGAAGACUCGCAGCUGACGAACAGGUUUAGCGCCCUCCAAGCUGAGGAGGAGCUGGGCACGGCUUCAAGUGAAGCAACGGAGCUGACGGACCCUGUGCCACGCAGGAUCGCCCAGAAGAAGGGGCGAGUGAUUGUUGCUGACUCCUGUUUCCUCUCUGCCCCGGUCUCGCAGGGCGGCACGAUCAUCGGCAGCGCCCGCUGCAAGGCUUUCACCACGCGCGAGGGCCGCCUCCGGGCCGCCUGCAACCUCGUGCAGCACGGCAUCACCAACCUGUGCGUCAUCGGGGGAGACGGCAGCCUGACGGGAGCCAACAUCUUCCGGACGGAGUGGGGUGGGCUGCUGGAAGAGCUGGUUAAAGACGGGCAGAUCAGCGAGGACGUGGCGAAGGAGUACUGCCACCUGAACAUCGUCGGCCUGGUGGGCUCCAUCGACAACGACUUCUGCGGCACUGACAUGACCAUCGGCACCGACUCGGCGCUGCACCGCAUCAUGGAGGUGAUCGACGCGAUCACCACCACGGCCCAGAGCCAUCAGAGGACGUUUGUGCUGGAGGUGAUGGGCAGGCACUGCGGGUACCUGGCCCUGGUGUCUGGCCUGGCCUCGGGGGCCGACUGGCUCUUCAUCCCCGAAUCGCCCCCAGAGGACGGCUGGGAGGACCUCAUGUGCGAGAGACUUGGGGAGACACGCAGCAGAGGGUCUCGGCUCAACAUCAUCAUCAUUGCAGAGGGUGCCAUCGACCGGAACGGCAAGCCCAUUUCCUCCAACUACGUGAAGGAUCUGGUGGUCCAGCGCCUAGGCUUCGACACACGGGUGACUGUCCUCGGCCACGUGCAGCGCGGAGGGACGCCAUCAGCCUUUGACCGUGUCCUGAGCAGCAAGAUGGGGAUGGAAGCAGUGAUGGCGCUGCUGGAGGCCACACCGGACACCCCCGCCUGCGUGGUGAGCCUGUCGGGGACCCAGUCGGGGGGGCUGGACCCCACGACAUUGGCAUCAUGUAACUGGGGGUUGGUGGUGGUGGUGGGUUGCUCCGUUCCCUUCCCGGGAAGCGUGUGUGUUAUGUUGCUGUGUCUCUCUCCACAGACAAAGGAUGUUCAGAAGGCCAUGGAUGAGAAGAGGUUUGAGGAGGCCAUCCAGCUCCGUGGAGGGAGUUUUGAAAACAACUGGAACAUUUACAAGCUGUUGGCACACCAGAAACCAGCUCAGGAGAAGAGCCCCUUCAGCCUGGCCAUCCUGAACGUGGGCGCCCCUGCCGCGGGCAUGAACGCUGCCGUCAGGUCCGCCGUGCGGAUCGGGAUCUGCCAGGGACACACCAUGUACGUGGUGAACGACGGCUUCGAGGGCUUAUCCAAAGGGCAGAUCCGCGAGGUGGGCUGGCACGACGUGGCAGGCUGGCUGGGACGCGGCGGGUCCAUGCUGGGCACCAAGCGAACCCUGCCCAAGACGUGCAUGGAGAAGAUCGUGGAGAACGUGCGGAAAUUUAACAUCCAGGCCCUCCUGGUCAUUGGGGGGUUUGAGGCCUACGAGGGGGUGCUGCAGCUUGUCGAAGCGCGUGGGCAGUACGAGGAGCUCUGCAUCAUCAUGUGCGUGAUCCCGGCCACCAUCAGCAACAACGUACCUGGGACCGACUUCAGCCUGGGCUCGGACACCGCCGUCAACGCUGCCAUGGAGAGCUGUGACCGUAUCAAGCAGUCGGCAUCGGGCACGAAGCGCCGCGUGUUCAUCGUGGAGACGAUGGGCGGCUAUUGCGGGUACCUGUCAACCGUGACCGGCAUCGCGGUGGGCGCAGACGCUGCCUACGUGUACGAAGAUCCUUUCACCAUCCAUGACCUGAAGGCCAACGUGGAACACUUGACUGACAAAAUGAAGACGGAUAUCCAGAGAGGCCUGGUGCUGCGCAACGAGAAGUGCCACGAACACUACACCACUGAGUUCCUCUACAACCUCUACUCCUCUGAGGGCAAGGGCAUCUUCGACUGCAGAAUUAACGUCCUUGGCCACCUCCAGCAGGGAGGGGCCCCGACACCCUUUGACCGCAACUACGGCACCAAGCUGGGAGUGAAGGCCGUGCUGUGGAUGUCAGAGAAGUUGCAGGAAGUCUACCGCAAGGGGCGUGUGUUUGCCAACUCGGCCGACUCUGCCUGCGUGAUCGGGCUCAGGAAGAAGGUGGUGGCCUUCAGCCCCGUGACGGAGCUCAAGAAAGUCACCGAUUUUGAGCACAGGCUGCCCCAGGAACAGUGGUGGCUGAACCUGCGGCUCAUGCUGAAGAUGCUCGCCAACUACCAGAUCAGCCUGACCGAGUACAUUUCCGGGAAGAUGGAGCACGUCACCCGGCGCACGCUCAGCAUUGAGAAGGGCUUCUAGUCCUGCUAGCCCGAGCUGUAGCUCCCCGCUCCCUCUCCCUCCCAUCUAAUACCUCCAGGAGUGCCACAUGGCCCGGGACCACGUGCUCGCUCGGAGCACCACGCCAGUGAGUGAGCUGCAGACCUGUGGGAUAUCUCAGCCACCCCUGAGCACGUACCCCCUUCUCCAGGUGCUGCUCAGGGAGCGCUGGGACCCAUGUUUUCAACAGACAGUAGUUUUUCUCCAAACCCUUUAAAGCAGGCAGAGCCUGGCCACAGUUCCUAAAACAGCACAAUCAUGCCUGAAAACGGUGGCCCAGGGUCUGGUCCCUGAGGAGCUGGGGGAAGUGGUAUUCCUAGAGCCCAGCUGCACAGCCCAGACCCUUAACCUUCCCCUUUUAGUUUAUUCUUACUAUUUAAUGAUCGAGGAUCCAGAUUCCUUACUUAGCGGCUUGACCGCCGUGUGAGCCAAUUGCUGCUUUUAGUUCCCUGCCCUCCGAACUGGGAGGGGAGCUGAGAAGGAGAGCUGAGGAAGAUGCUGAACUGCUCCAGAGCAGGUAGGGUCCGACCCUGGGGGCUCGUUGAUGCCACAUGGGCUCCCAGCAAAGCUCCUUCAGUUUUCUUACAGCCUUGCUGUGUGUUGUCGCGCGUUGCCCACUGGCUCCAUCCACCCCAGGUGUUUGCCUAGUGGGAUGUCCUGAGGGCCUAGCGCAGAGCGCUGGUCCUGGCAAGCCCCGCUCCCCGACCACCUUGCAUGACACUUGGCUCCGACCGCUGCCACGUGGCACUUGGUGCUGGUACUUUUCUGGCCCCAGAGCCGUGCCCUUUCGUGCCAGGUACUCUUGUCAUCAGCAGGGCCAUGCCCAUCAUGACACUGUUGCUCUGUGAAUCCCCCGUCUUGCACUGUUCAUGGCGCUUCUUGUGUCUUCUAGAGAUAAAACCUGCUGGAGCCAAA